AAUCGCUCUUGUGGUGUUUAAAUAGACCUUCCAGAAAUCCAACGAACAGGUUGACUGUACACAUCUUGCAAGGCCAGGACCAGAAUAACUUCCUUACAGAGAUGGCACAAACAUCCACUAAGGAAAUAAAAUACCCUCCUCUUGAGAUUGAUCCAUUAGAAAUGCUGUCUCAAAAUCAACACAAGAUUGGGCAUGCUGUUGAAGAAGUGUUAGAUGCUGCUGGAAACGUAAUUACAUCUGAAACAAAGAAGACAAAAUUUGGACCUCUUUUGAGCAAUUUUGAGACGGGGAAUCAAAUACAAUUGGUUUCAAAGACCAGUGGUCGAUCACUGAGGAUUGCGGAGGCACGCUCUGGUAAACUUGUGGCGGACGGGCGGGGAGACAUUGGUGAACAAGCCUGGAAUGCUGUGUGGACAGUCAUUAAUGAGGGACACAACCAGGUUCGCCUUCAUAACCACAAUAACUUUUUAGCCAUUGUAAAUGGACAGACUAUUGUUAUUCAUGUGCCACAGGGGUCUGAACAUGAUAAAUUGGAGACAUUAUUGUUGCUGGUGUUGGAUCCAGAGAAUUUUGUGGCACUAGAGUCGGUUAGAGAACCAGAGAAAUGUGUGGGGAUAGAAGAAAACGGUUCCUUGAAAUCUGCCGAGAAUUGUUACUCCUCGGAUGAUCAUGCCAUGUUUGGUGUACAUUUGAUUAAAACGAAGUGACCUAAUAUGAAUGACAUAACAGGAAGGACAGUUUAUACCCUUGUAAAAGUGACGCUUUACUUUUAUCAUAUUAAUAGAUAGAUAUAAAAUGUGUUUAAAAUAUUAUAAUGACCAUUUCGUUGUUUUAAUUGUAAUGGGUUUUUUUUUAUCCUGUUUUAGUAUACGUUAAUUAAACAAAUUAACUCUGA